AACAUGGUGAUGAAACUGAAUCGGAAGAUGAAGAAGGUGAGUCUGGACAAGAAGAUGAACAUGAAGAAGAAGAGGAAGUUCGACAAGAACAGGAGAAAACACAUGGUUAG